UCACCAGGACAACGGGCGUCGCCGGCGCCGUGUGACUCCGGGCUGUGGGCGCGCUCGCGGUCGUUCGGCCAUGGUUUUCUCAAAUAGUGAUGAAGGCCUUAUUAACAAAAAGUUGCCCAAAGAACUUCUCUUAAGAAUGCUGUUCAGCUUGUUGUUAAAUUUUACUUGGUCUAAACCAGAAUGUACUAGAGUAUGUACAUAGCAUUGGUCUGGAUUCUUUUUGUAAUGUGCACUCCAUGGACUUUUUCAAGGACUGGUGCCUCUGCCUCCUCCUGUCUGUGAUGUCUACUACCUUAUAUAUAUUCCAGGGCAGCCUAACAGAAUAUUUUCCUUCUUGGACAUAGUAACUUUGUGCCGAUGUGCACAGAUUUCCAAGGCUUGGAACAUCUUAGCCCUGGAUGGAAGCAACUGGCAAAGAAUAGAUCUUUUUAACUUUCAAACAGAUGUAGAGCAUUUAGAAGAGAGAGACAGAAAAACAAAACUUGGAAGAUAUGUGCAUACAUGAAGACCAAAAUUCCACUGUGUUUUACUUUUGUUCUUUAUCAGUAACAGAUUGCUUUUCCCCCUGAAUCAUGUUUAUAAUCUAUUACUCUCAGCUUUUUAAAGCAUCACACCUGCAUCCUUAACACCUGGUUUAGUGCUUUAACCUUAGGAAGCUUCAUCUGAAAGAUUUACUGGGAAUAGUAAUUCAGCAUUAAGAAUGGAGAAAGGGCAGGAACAAAAGCCAGAGAGUGAGGCUGACUUCUGAAGUGUCCCAUCAGCUCUGGCACUUAGCCAUACAAUCUCAGUGCCUCUGUUUUAUUAUCUGUAAGAUAAAUAAGUAAAGUAAUUUUAAAGCCUUUUGUAAUGCCAGGGUGGGGUAUGGCUCAGUGGUAGAGUACUUGCCUAACACUAGGCCCUAGGUGUAGGCCCCAGCACUGGCUGGGGGCUGGGGGAAUGUGUGUGUGUAUAGUAUACAUAUAUACAUACACUGAAUAUAUUAAGUGUGUGUGUAAUAUACAUAUAUAAAUAUAAGUAAAAUUCCAGAUUCUACAUAUUUAUGUGGAAAUCCAAAAAAAAAAAAAUCUCUAUUUAAGGGUAGUAAACCUGAUUACAUGAGGAAAUCAUUUUAAAGUAAUUUAAUUUAAAAUAUCAAAUUUCUAACCAAAUAGUAAGGGAGUGGAGUAAUAAAGAGCAUUGCACAAAGUAAUUGUCUUGGGUGCUGGUCUGAGAGUCUUAGGAUACUUAAGUUUAUUGUCUACUUAAUGUUAGUAAAACCUUACUUAUUUCCAUUUUAAACAAUUCAGUAACAAGAGUGGAAUUGCAUCUUAAAUCACUUCACUCAUGUUAAAGGUUCUCAGAGUGUCUUACCAAGGUGUUUGUGCUUUGAUGGGGUCGAGUGGUAGAAAAUAUCUCAAAGAGAUGUGGUGGAUUCCUGAGAAAGCUCAGCUUGCGAGGCUGCAUUGGUGUUGGGGAUUCCUCUUUGAAGACCUUUGCACAGAACUGCCGAAACAUUGAACAUUUAAACCUCAAUGGGUGCACAAAAAUCACUGACAGUGCAUCUGCUCUUUUCCAGCACGUGUUACAGCCUUAGCAGAUUCUGUUCCAAGCUGAAACACCUGGACCUGACCUCCUGCGUGUCUAUUACAAACAGCUCCUUAAAGGGCAUCAGUGAGGGCUGCCGAAAUCUGGAGUACCUGAACCUCUCUUGGUGUGAUCAGAUCACAAAGGAUGGCAUUGAAGCGCUGGUACGGGGUUGUCAAGGCCUAAAAGCCCUGCUCCUGAGGGGCUGCACACAGUUAGAAGAUGAAGCUCUGAAGCACAUUCAGAAUUAUUGCCAUGAGCUUGUGAGCCUCAACUUACAGUCCUGCUCACGCAUCACGGAUGAAGGCGUGGUGCAGAUAUGCAGGGGCUGCCACCGGCUGCAGGCCCUCUGCCUUUCGGGUUGCAGCAACCUCACCGACGCAUCUCUUACGGCCCUGGGUCUGAACUGCCCGAGACUGCAAAUUUUGGAGGCUGCCCGAUGCUCCCAUUUGACUGAUGCAGGCUUUACACUUUUAGCUCGGAAUUGCCAUGACCUGGAGAAGAUGGAUCUGGAAGAAUGCAUCCUGAUAACCGACAGCACGCUCAUCCAGCUCUCCAUUCACUGUCCUAAGCUACAAGCCCUGAGCCUUUCUCACUGUGAGCUCAUCACAGAUGAUGGGAUCCUGCACCUGAGCAACAGCACCUGUGGCCAUGAGAGGCUGCGGGUAUUAGAGUUGGACAACUGUCUUCUCAUCACUGACGUGGCUCUGGAACAUCUAGAGAACUGCCGUGGCCUGGAGCGCCUUGAGCUGUAUGACUGCCAGCAGGUCACUCGAGCAGGCAUCAAGCGGAUGCGGGCUCAGCUCCCUCAUGUCAAAGUCCAUGCCUACUUUGCUCCUGUCACCCCACCAACAGCAGUGGCAGGAAGUGGACAGCGACUGUGUAGGUGCUGUGUUAUUCUCUGACAGCCCACUGCUCAGGCCCAAGGGGUGAUGAGGUGUCUCUUCUUGUAGAGAAGACCAGUCUUCAUGAUUACUCCAUCAUUACCCAAAUCUCUUGCUUCUCCACUGGGAAAGGCAUUUACAGGUAAAAGCCUUCAGUAUGGAUUGGAGUAACUCUGGUGAUAGUGUUUCACCUUUAUUUUGCUGUGAUGCAAUCAAAACUUUGUGUCCAUUAACAUAUGGCAAGAGUGGUCUUGAUGCAGCCAAGAUCACACAAGAAACCUGGAUCCCAUAUGAGGUGGGUACCUAUCUCGGUACAAAAGUCCUACCCUUGGCUUUAUCAGCAUUCCUCAAUCAGACCAUCAGUGUUAGCACAAAUUGAGCAGAAAAAUAUAACCUGUUGAUUUUCUACCUGAUCCUUAAGCCAGUGGCCUACUUUAAUCCACAGUAAUUACAUUUUGAUUAGCUGGACUUUUCACUUUGAAGAUUAAAUAGCAAUUUUAUCAAAGUGACUGUAAUGCAAAUUCAUAAUACCCAAAUAGUUUUAUAUGUAGAAACUUAUGUGGAAGGCAUGAUAAUAGGUUUCCAUGAGACACCAAAGAAAUAAGGACUCUAAACUGGGUGAAGCAGGGUCUUCACCUUUGUUAUCAGCCUGUCAUAUCCACCUCCAGGGACCAAAACAAAACAAAAGCAACUCAGUUUGUGUUGCCUGAUUGGAAAUUACAAGCUCUGGCAUAUGCUACAGCACAUAAUGCAUUUUUAUUACAGGGAAUAAAGCUAAUUGUUCCAUACUUCUCACCAAAUAUGGGGGAUCUAAAGAAACAGGAAUUAAGGCUUAAGUUAUCUCUAGUAUACAAUUAAAAACAAUGAAUGGAUGCAUGUAGAAUGGAUGUGAUUUUUUUUUUUAUUUUUAAAUUUUAAAAAUCAGGUUACACCAAAACUAUUCAAAAAUUUUACACACUUAAAACUCAGAAAAGUGUUGGCACCUUUUGGACUCACAAUAUAAAAAUGAAUAAACCAUUGCAAUACUUAAUUCAGAGGGUUUUAUUGCUAUUUUCUGGCACAUAAAUCUGAGUAAAACCAUUUUCCAAAUUCAGACCUCCUAAUGUUACCUGAAAUAAGAUAUGAUGCUAUAUGUUGAGUCCUGCUCUGCACUGUCCACAUUUGUGAUCUUUAUUGAAGAUUAGGAACCCAUUACCACCUUCACUGUGAACUCAAGUGUUAAUGGCAGCUGGUCCUUGCAACCACUUCUUAGAACUCAUGAGAAAUAAAAACAAAAAUGCUUUCUAUGUUUUUAUAGACAAUGAUAAAAGCAUUUUUAAGGGGACAAAUGCCUCAGCUGCAUUCAAAGAUGGCAGAUAAAUAUAUACCCCCCAUAAAUUGAUUUAGCAAGAUUGAGUAAGCAUUAAAGUACUUAGUAUUUUAUUGCUUUUUGAUAAACUCCAGUAUUUCCUGGUUAUAUGAAUGCCAUAGCAGUUAUUUUUAUAUUAUAUAUAUAAUCUGCGCCACUGUUAGGGAUGGAGGACAUAACUGAUGGAGGACAUAACUGAUGAAGCCACUUAAGUGAACAAAUGAGCAUGUAACAAACUUGUUAAAAUGAUUAGUUUGUAUUAAAUUUAAAGCUGGGAUUAUAGUUCAUUGGUAGAGUACUUUACCUGGCCAUGUGUGAGGCCCUGGAUUUAAUCCCCAGCACUGGAGAAGAUUCUUUUUUCUAAUGACCAGAGACUGCCAUACAUUCUCUCUUGAGUUAGGAUACAACCUCUCACUGCUAUUGGACUUGAUGCUAAAUGAUCCAUGACCUCAUUUAUAAAAAUAGAGGGUUACCUCAAGUGAGAAAACCAGGUUUGUUUCCUCUGUAAAGAACAGUUUGUAGAAUAACCUGUCCUUAGUUUUGAGGGAAAAAACCUACAAGAGCUUAGCCUCUUACAAUAUUUGUUCUGAGGUAUGCUCAGGACAGUGGCUCUCUUGGUUCUAUGACUCUACUUGAGAUGAAACUAGCAAGGUGAAAGUCAACUUGAAGUGAAACUAGCAAGAACUGACAUUUUAAAUGAGACACAUUUGCAAAACAAUCGGAAAACAUUUAUUGUACUGAAAUGUGUACAUCCUACUAUUAAAAAAACAAAGUAGCAAAUUUGCUGGUGCCAUAAUUUAUUUAACCUGUUUUACUGGGACAGACUAACGGUCAAUGCCACUCAGUAUUAAUUUCAAGUUUGAUGAGCUUGUAUUUUAUCCCACUUUUCUAAAACCUGAUGAAUUCAAAAUAGCACACAGCAUUAAAUGACAUUUAUUGUUCCAUAAAUCAUGAGACCCAAAGGAAUGCUAAAUAGACAAGCAAAACUCUAAAACAACUGAGAAGCUUACUUCUUUCAAGAACCAAGUGACUGGUACAGAAAACAUGUGGUCACACAAAAGCAAAGGGGAGAAGGACAGAAAGGAAAACUCUCCUCCUACAUGGUCUAUAGGAGUAACAGAUAUUUCUGAACUAAGAUGAAAAUAUUCAGACAGUGCUGCUUUGUAGCAAAUAAUUAACCCCUUUAUGAAUAAACCAAAAUGUCAAAGCUUUCACCUAGUGAAGUCAUUUGUCUUCUGGGAGAGAUUUCAAACUUACAAUUAAUCAUUCCUAUUUCCACCUGAACAAAGACGAGGCUCAAAUGGUACAUUCAAAGCCAAAAGAGCUUAGUAAACAGAGAUGCUGUAAUUAAAAGUUUAAAAAUUCAGUCUGAUACACCAUAGGCCUCAAAAAAUGCUCAAUGGAUUCUGGGAAGGCUCUGAGUGAAGGGAGGAGCAAAAGAAGAAACCAGUGGAUUCCCUUUGGUGGGUUGGGGGGGAAGUUGCUAGCACACUUUUUAUGAAAGAUGCAUACUUUAAGAAAAAGCCAUUGUGUGGUUAUUAAAAACCUCUCAAUCCGAAUGUUUAUUCAUGAUUGUACUGAAGCUCAGUAUCUUAAGAAGAGACCAAGGGAUUUUUUUUUUUUUUUGGUACAUUUUAGUGUUAGAUUUAUGAUAUCUAGUGUUUCCAUGAAAAAUCUCAUCUUGUUCAUAACAAAGAUCCCAUAACACCAACUCAGAAGCUACCAACAAUAAAACUUUGUGCCUCCUACCUAUGUCACCUAUUUCCAAUGUCUGGGGUAGGUCUUUAAAAAUGCUCAGGAGUAAGGGGGUGGAGAAAUAAGAAGGAAACAAGAAAGAAAACCACGAGUCUAAAAGGCAAGGAGGCUUCAAAAAAAUGAAAACCAGAAACUAAAAUGCUAAAAUUGGAAGCAGAAGCAAAAAAGUUAUUCAAUAAAUCUGUGAAAAAGCAAAAACACAAGUCUUUGUACCUAUUAGGAUUUACACUGAUCCUCUCACCAAGGUACUCCUGAUAAUGCAGUUUGCUUCAAGCCCAUCUUCCUGGCUUGGAUCCUCUCCAGUCUGGCAUGAUCAUUUCAAACCUAUACCCUUAGACAUGAUUUCUUCUGAGAAGGUGCCGAGCCUCUUACCUGACCAUCACCACAUCAGCACAGUCCAUCUCUCUGCUGAAGGAAUCCUUUCUGGCUCCACAAUAGCACUGUCCCCCAUCUCCUCCCCAGGUCAGCAUAAGGUUCAGGUAAUAGAAACCAAACUGGCACAGAUAGGUAAAUGCCCAUGGUUAAGUUUUACAUUCAUUUCCAAACCGCAUACAGUGUAAAAAGCCCAAGGGCUGCUUCUGGGAACUGUAUCUACUGGCCUCUGCCAGAGAAGCAGGUAGCCACGCCUGCCCCACGGCCUCCAGAGCUGGAUGCACGCUGUCCCGACGUGCUCACUCUCACGAGGAUGCUUGGCUAUGGCAGUGACAGUGAGAUUUGCCUCUCAUACAACUCAUUAGAAAGGUCAUCUGUGUUUUCAAUAUGAAACAUUUCAUAUAGUAAAAUCCAAUCCCAAGACUUCUUGGAUUCAGUCUUCACACACAUUUAGCGUGACUUUAUUUGGUACUGGAUAUAGUUCAGUCUACAUAGGACAUCACUUCAAAAUUAUGUGGAUACCAUCAUUAUUUUCAGCUGCAGAAAAAGGAUAAAAGUUAAAAAAUUUUUUAACUUAGCUUAGGAAAGCAAGAACACUAAAAUAAAAAAACUCUGCAACCCCCACCUCAGAGGUUACUUUCAACUAAUUCUAGAGAAAAACAUUCAUUUGUUCUAGCUUUUUCUCUUAGGCGGCAUCAUGUCCACAUUUCCCUUUUAGCCAUUCUGCUUUCUAAAGACUGGCUGUGCCCUUCUCAGUACACUGCUCCCAUACUGCUUGCCAGUUCUGCAGUGUGAUGUGGAACUUAUCUGUAAGCCAGAGAGAGCACAAGUUGGAAGCUGAACAGGUGAAAACACUGCAAGGGCCAAGUCAACCCUACAGAAAAUACACAACCUGAGGGUGCAAACAUCUAUCAUUCCUAGAAAAAAUUUUUUAACUCCUUGGAGGCAGAUUUGAAACAUUUAAAAAUAUAUCCAACUUUUGCCUGAUGGCCUCCAUAAAUGAUGAGAAGCAUUAAAGGUAUUUUAGAUAAAUGAUUUUUUUUAAUGUACACAAGUCUGAAAAACAGAUUUUAAGGGAAAUCCUAAGUUUGAAAUGUCUACUGAAUUCACAACUACACAAUUACAGUAUGAGUUUCCUUUUUUUUUUUUACGCAAUGAGUUUUACAGAGUAAAAGUUGAGCAGAAAAGUACAGGUGAACCGGUCCUGGUUACAAUUCAGCCCUGCAGGUCACUGAAUGUAGUUCAGUCCACAUAAGACAUCACUUCAAAAGUGCAGGUAACUUGAUGUCAUAUGUGACACAUCAGGCACAAAGUAAAAAAAGAGUGACCACCAGGAAAGAGUAAGUAAUGCAUGACAUUUUCCUCUUCUAGGGAAAGUUGUGCUAAGCCUGGUUUGGGAUCUUAACCCACUUGCCCUUUAAAACAAUCUAUGAACAUAGAUCGCUUCAAAUUCUUUGGCCUUUAAAAACACUCUACCUAAUCUUUUAAUGUUGGAAUUCACCUGAGCCCUCUUUCCAUACUGUCUCCUCCAAUGACCUCAAUUUUAUAACUUCUGAAAAGCCAAAGGUUUCUAAAUUUAUAUUUUAAACCCAGACCUCUUUAUUCAGACCCAGAAUGGCACCAUUAAGUGACUACCUGACAUACCCCAAAUGGUAACUCUCAACAAGAAACUGGCAAUUACAACUACUACUCCUUCAAAUGUGGAGCUCAGUCUAUAAAUCAUUACCUCUUGCCUGGAUGGCCAUCUCCUGCCUCCAGUUUUGUGGUCUUCUCAUGCCCCCCAUUUUGAAAGUAGAAGGAAAAUCUAAUCACAUUACUACUUUGUUUAAACUUCACUGAUUUUCCAAUGCAUUUCAACUAAAAUCCAAACUACCAUCACCUCAGUCCUGAAUGCAAAACCCUACCCCCCACCUUGCUCUACUCACCCUCACACACUACAUGGCAGCUACACAACCCUCUUCUAGGCCUUGAUAGAAUCAUUUGCCCUAGGACACUGUUCUUAUGGCCAGUUCCUCAUCCUUCAAGACACCUCUUCAUAGAAGCCUUCUUUAACUGUUCCAUGUCCUCCAUUCCAGAUUCCCCUUAUCCAUAAACACCCCACAGACUUUCCAAUUCCUUCUUGGCACUUAAAAUGUUGGUGAGUUUGGCCAAUUUUGGUUUGUUUUCCCCACUAGAGUGGGAGUUACACGGACUCUUUGUUUUGUUUAACAUUCACUAAGCAUUAAAUUUCUGAAACAGUGCUCAGUAAAAUGUUAACUGAAUGAACUAAGUUUUUCCCAGUUAUCUAGAAAGACUGACACCUUUUCCUCAUUUGCUAGUUAACUUCCAUUAUAGUCCUUAAAAACAUUGUUGAUUCAUUUCUCUAAUUCUUAAAAAUUAGUAGAGAGAGCAUUUUCAAGAGUAAGCACAAAAAAGGGGAACUAAUCAGAGGCACACAAUAUUGUUCAUAAUUUGAGUAUAAAGACACACAUGUACAAAGUACCUUUUACUGUAGAGAAUAAAAAACAACUCUCAUCUUGAAAGUUCUGAACCAUCUAGAAGAGUAAAGCACACGUAUAAGUACAAUUAAGAUAUUACUGUCCCUUUUUAAAUGAAUAGAAAUGAUUUAAAAUCAGUUAAAGGAAAAUAUUAUAGUCUAUAUAUUAUUCUUGCACAAGUACAGAAUUCAAAUUACCAAAAUACUUCCUGAAGCCAGUGUGAGGUAGUGAAAAUGUGUGUCUGCUGCACUCGCAAGACCUUAUUCUGACCAUCCCUGCCAUCACUGUCCCUGAGGAUCUGGUCAGUCAUUCUGUGAUCUAUGGGGAGCACUUCCUUAUAGUUCUGUUAAUGUUGACUAAAACAAAGUACAUGUUAUUAUUCUAUGAUUACUUGCUCUGAACAUGGAGUUGGGAGGUGGGUUGUACUUCUAAACUUUCAUGGCUUUUUUAAGGUGGCCAUAAUGGCCAAAAUGAGAAAAUAACCAAUGUCCACCUCAUAAAAAGGGACAGAGCCUGCUUCUAACCUUCAAAGUCCUGAAAUGAGUAUCUGAAUGCAAAGGGUUGUGGGGAGGAUAAGCCAGUUUUCUUUGACUUGUGUUCCUUAUUAUCACUAAAAUUCUUGAUUAUAAAUUCUUACAAAUUUGAUCACUAACUCUUUGGAAAUGAUUCUCAUGAGUAUUUGGAAAGAGAUAAACACAGAAUUAUUUUCUAUAGUUCAAGAAUACGUACAAAAGUAAAUAUCAGUAUGAAAGGGAAAAAUGAAUGAGGAUAAUUAUCCAAUUUACCUGAUCACUAACAAGAAUGUGGAUGCCAGUGGGACCCUGUCUGUAAACCUGGUUAAUUUGGUGGAGAGGAAUAUUAAACACCAACGCAAGUUUUCGCGCAACUUCUGAGGCAACCAUUUCUUCCAAGUAGAUUGCAUGGUAAACUGAAAUUUAAGAAAGAAAAAAAAAAACAAAACAGCAUAUUACCCAUAAUCUUUGAUCUGCUUCCUACUUGAUCCAUAGAAAUACAUCUUUCAAAGUAUCAAAAUAAAAUUUAAAAUUUAUAAUGGGACCAAAUUAACAUUUCUUUUCCCCCUUACUACCUUAAAAUAUCAAACUACCCAUCAGAAAUAUAAUACAUUAUUUAUGUUUGCAUGUAUAACUUAACAUUAACAAAUUGAUUUAAGGUUUAAAUUUUUAUUUAUAUUUUUCUGCACUGAAGUCUCUUGCAUUCAAAAGUUAAAUAUGAACAGGGAAGCUGGACAUGGUGGUGCAUCCCUGUGCUUCCAGCCCUCAGGAGGUCAAGGUAGGAGGAACACAACUUCAAGGCCAGCCUCAGUAACUUAGUGUAGUGAGGCCCUGAGCAACUUAUUAAGACCCUGUCCCCCAAAAAAUAAGUAAAUAAAAAUAGGCUGGGGAUGUGGCUUAAUGAUUAAACGACCCUGGGUUCAAUCCCAGGUACCAAAAAAUGGGGUAGGGGUUAGGAUGGGCUACAAACAGGUACAGGGGUCUUUCUGGGGUAAUGGGACUCAAGCUAGACUGCAACAAUGGCUAUAAACUGUAAAUUAACUGAAGUACCAUUGAACUGCAUAUUACAGUAAAAGAAUUUUUAUGGUAUACAAAUCAUACUUGAAGAAAGUUGUUUUUAAAAUGUUUAUAUUUCUGGUAAUAUACAAAAAGAGCCCUAAAGGGGUCAUUAUUUUUGAUCCAAUAAUCCUACUAUUGGGAAUUUCCAAGGAAUGAAAGCUCUUGGUACCCACCCCCAAUAUUCACACACACACACACAAAUUUAAAAUAAUGUAUAAGAUACCACAUGAAAGGCUACAGACAGACAAUGAAGGUUGAUACUUCUUUACAGAAUACCCUAGCCAGAGUCCAUCCAGCAUUCUGCAUUCCUGGCACAUAUAAGUCACCAGCAGACAUCACCUGCAGAGUGUGCAUGUGCAGUGUCUGACUCAUGCGGGUCUUGCUUAAUGACAGAGUCAAGCUAGACAUGGAUCAAAAAUACCACUGCUGAGAACUUUGUUUCCGUAAAUAAGGGUGUGUUCCUUGUUGUGUGUGUGGAUUUAUGAGUACAGAAACCUUUGUUACAGACACAAUACCUUUAUUUUUUUAAUGUGAUGCUGAGGAUCGAAUCUAGUGCCUCACAUGUGCCAGAUAAGCACAAUGCCACUGAGGCACAAUCCCAGCUCUCUCCACUUAUUUUUUCCUAAAUAAAUUUUACUGGAACACAGCCAUACCUAUCAUUAACAUACAUUCUAUGGCUAUUCUGUGGCACUCCAGUGGUGGAGUUUAAAUGUGUUACCUACGUUUGGGGAUGUAACCUCUAAAAUAUUACAGUCUUAAUGAUAUGUAAAUGCUGUGUAAGACCUUGGAGAUACGUGGUGAGAUUCUUAAAAAUUUUUAUCCUUUUAGAUUAAGAACUUGUACCUUGAAUCUUAAAUUCAUGGCUUCUGGAGUAAAAUUAACACCAAAUGGAAAAUUCUGUAAUUGUGACUGCUGCCCUUUUGUUUUUUCAGUAAAAUUCCAACCAUAAAUUAUUUAUCAGGGCAAAUAACUGCCUCUGAAUUUUGUAAUGUAUCUUUCUCUUUAAAGUUCUGAGCAUGUUGCCUUCUGUUUCAAAACAUAAGAAGAGGAAAAUAGUAGAAAGUAUAUGAUUUAAAAUAAAAAUGCUUACUUAUUUUAAGGCUAUAUUCAGAGGAGAAAAGGGACCAGCCUUUCAAGAUCUGCUCUAAUCCAGUGCUAUACAGUAUAAAUAAGAAAAACCCUCAGGAUGAGAUGCCUCCUAACAUACAGAUGGAAAAUGACACAGAGCCUACUACCACUGAUAGGGACCUAUCACCUCAUGAACAGAUCACUGUGCCACCCAGUCCACACUUAGGACUGAUAUACAGAUGCAUCUUUGCACAUGUUUUAUUUUAAGCAGUCCCCCCAUCUUGCUAGUCAGUAAAAUGGAGAGGAGUGGUGCUCCUCCUUUUGGGGGGGGGGGGUCAGGGGGGUUAUCAAGCCACCAGUGUACAUUUGCCAUUUCAGUAAAUGUGAGAUUUAAGGGGGCAAAAAGUCAGAUAAAAAUCUCAAAGCAUUCAAGCUAGUCUUUUGCUUGUUUAGAUAUUUCUGGCACAAGGGGCCAUAUAAAAGAGAACUUCAGAAAGACUGCUAGUUUCCUCUUUUCCCAAGGACAUGGCCCUACAGUUGGUGCCUACUACUAUCAAGACUCCUGCACUAGUAACUGGGCAGAAAGGAAGUGACAGGGUUGAGAUACCCUGAAUACCCACCGUAAGGCGUCCCACUGCCAUUCUCGCCUCCACUGCCUGCAGCUUGCUGCUGCGCUUGCAGGGUGGCACUACUCGGCUGCUCCUGGCAGACAUAGAUGGUUAAGCGGGGCCUAACCGACCUGCAAUCAGAAGAUGCCAAGAUGAGCCUAGGAGAGAAGCUGCCUGAACACACGUACACAUGACAACUAUAGGAAUCUAAGUUCUAUUUCCUUAUGAAAAUUUUACAAUGUUAUUUCAUUAUGCAAAAUAAUUUACUAAUAAAAAUGUAAAAACCACACACCUCACAACAACUAUCACAGGUGGUCUAAUAUGAUGAUCCAGACUCUAAACCAUUGAGAUGGUCUGUCAGAUGCUGGUAAAUUUAAGUUUCAAGAUUAAGUAAGCAAUUUAAAAUCAGUGAUUCAAUUUUAAUGGAAUUCUCACACCCCAAGUCUAGAAAUAACAAUGAUAGUAAAUGGAUCGUAAAAGCCAGCAUAGUUUACAGUUCUAUUAUUUUAAUUCACAAUUAGAAGUUUACAUAUUUAAUAACUGUUUAAUAAUAGUCAUGACCUUGAAAACCAUAGAUUCUGUAUAGCUCACCUAAAUUAGAAGUUUUGUUUUCUUGGCAACAAACCCAGUCGUCUUCAAGAAAUCAGUACUGCCCAUGUGCAUUGCUACCAGUCUUACAGUCUACCUCUGCCCUCAUCAGUGCCUGCAUCAUAUCUGGGCCUGCCCUGAAGGUGUACACAAAACAGUCUUCUCGUGAGCACGAUGCUGCCGAUGCUCGACGGUGCACACAGGCACACGCCAACCUAUCGUGGAAACACAUUCUGCCCAAACCCCCCACGCGAAGAAAGGUAUGUCCUUAUUUCACGCAAAACAGUCCACAGUAUUUUACCUUGACUUCAGUGAAUUAUAGAGCCGAAUUCCAUCGGCUGCACCACAAAUUUGAACUAAAUCUUCCUUUGUCAGUUUUAAUAAGUCGGCACCUG